UUCCGCUCUGCACCCCGCCCCCUCUCUCCUCCCGGCCCCGUUUCCGGUCUUGCUAAAGGGGGCGGGGGAGGGGUGACGGUCAGAGUCGAGUGCCUGCGCACGGGCCUGCAGUGACCCGCUCCCCUCGCUCCGGAGGAGGUUCUAUUGAUCUCUGAAGGUUGGGGCUUGAGCCCUGCUGGAUAGAAAAGCUGUCUUUUCACAGCCAUGCUAACUGCGGGAUGAAGCUAGAGGCUGUUGUUGAGCAGCUGCAGAAGCAGCAGCAGCAGCAAGGUCCUCUGCAGAUGGAUUCCAGAGAGAGACAGCAGAGGCAGAUGAGAGAAGCCCAGCUGCUUUAUACUCAGCAGCUGGCAGCACAGCAGGCUGUUCUAGCAGCCACCUCUGGCAGGGCUUCGGGCAGCACAGCACUUGGUCCUUUGGCCAAAGUCCCACCUGUAGUUGGGGCCACCCAAGCUUUUGACCAGAGCAGUGUGACCUCAGAGCCAGAGGAGGAAGAGGAUGAAGAGGAAGAGGUUUUGGAAGAUGGAGAUCUUGAAGAGGACACUGAAACGACUGGAAAAGAUGCCUGUUCUACUUUGAAGUAUUUUCAUUCUCAAAAAGUUGCUCAUCACAACCAAAGAGUGGCUUCUACCUCGAAUCCUCUUCCAGCCCCAGGACUUCAGCGGGGACAGCAGGGAAAGGAGCAACAGGGUAAAGACACUACUAAACAAUCAUAUUCUGGUUCCCCAUCCGGCCGGCAGACCUGGAGAAUGGAUGAGCAGCUCAAGCAGAAUGGAAGUCUGACUUGGAGCGAAGAAGCUGACGGAGGCCGAGGAAGAGAAAUCUCUCGAGAUUUUGCCAAGCUGUAUGAACUGGAUAGUGACCCUGAACGGAAGGAGUUCCUGGAUGACCUCUUCAUCUUUAUGCAAAAGAGGGGAACUCCCAUCAAUCGGAUCCCCAUCAUGGCGAAGCAGAUCCUGGAUCUCUAUAUGCUCUACAAACUGGUGACUGAGAAAGGGGGGCUGGUGGAAAUCAUAAACAAGAAGAUAUGGCGGGAGAUCACCAAAGGCCUUAACCUGCCCACCUCCAUCACCAGUGCAGCGUUUACACUUCGGACCCAGUAUAUGAAGUACUUAUAUGCCUACGAAUGUGAGAAGAAGUCCUUAAGCUCUCCUGCUGAGCUGCAGGCUGCGAUCGAUGGCAACAGGCGGGAAGGCAGACGGCCCAGCUACAGCUCCUCCUUGUUCAGUUAUUCACCCACCGCCACAGGGCCUCCUUCCCUCCUGUCUCCUCAAAAGAUCCGCUUUCCGAUCAUCGGCCUGACCCCAGGCAGUGGAACCAGCAACUCCCGUCUCUCUCCAGCAGCAGCUCUCAGGAAAGGCGAUGGCAUCCCCCUGACUGUGUCCAUGCCAAAUCGCAUUGCCAUGCCAGUGACUUUGGCUAACCAGCAGGCAACUGUAGCAGCAAGGACGGCCACUUUGGAACAGCUGAGGGAGAGGCUGGAGGCUGGAGAGCCGCCGGAGAAGAAACUCUCGCGGAUGACAGAGGAGGAGCAGCGGCUUGUCCAGCAGGCACUUCAGCGCAACCUGUUCAGCAUGGCACGGCAGAUCCCCAUGAAGAUCAAAAUCAAUGGCAGGGAAGAUAAACCAGAUGCCACGGCGGCGGCAGCAGCAUUGCAUUUGUCACCCAGCGGCAUUGGGAGUAUUAACAUGUCUGUGGAGAUUAACGGCACAAUCUAUGCUGGAGUUCUGUUUGCCCAGAAGCCCGUCGUCCAUCUAAUUGCAGGAUCCAGCACCCAAAGCACCUGCAGUAGCAGCAGCAGCUCCCACUGCUCUCCUAGCCCAACUUCGUCCAGGGGCACCCCCAGCGCAGAGCCCUCAACCAGCUGGUCUCUCUGAUGGAUGGGGGAGCGGGCUCUCUCUCUCAUUAGCCUCAGGCAGCUUUGCCCUCUCCGUUCAAGGCAGAGAGCGAGCCAGGAAGGAGUCGCACAGAUUACCUCAUCUCAAGGAACCUGCUUUGCGGUUGGUCAAUAGCCAGAUGAUGAAACCUUCUGUGCUGGCGAGUUUGCAUUGCCUGUUUGUCCAGCCUUUUUUAUUAUUUUUUCAGGUUUGACUGUGUUCCUGCUGGGGGGUUGGGGUGAAGGGAAGGGGACAUGUGGCAUUUUUCAAUCAGGGAUUGUCUCUAGGGGCUGUGGGUUUGCAGAUGACUGAGACAUCAUCAUGGCAGGCGGAAGGAGCAAGGAGGUAGUAAUUGGGGUGUGGGAAGGGUUCCUGUUCUCUAAUCAACAGCUGCAUGGACUUCCCUAAUAUAACAUAGUGUAUUGACAAUCCUACACCCAGAAUUACUUUGGUCUCUUUUCCCCUUGUAUUUGUUCCCUCUUGCGGUUGCUUGCAGAGGAGUUGUGCAGCAAGUCUCAUCUAGUCGCCCAUUCUAUCUCCACUGUGUUCAGCCUCCUGAUGCUGUCUCCUGUGUGUUAGACUAGGUUGAAGGGCAAAUGGUCACUAAUGCUGGAUUCACAGGAGACUUGCAUGACUUCUUCCUCCUUUGGCAUCUACCUCUCUAGGGUCCUGGCAGCACACGGAGGACUCUCCCACCUCUGUAUCUGAUACACCGAGAUGGAUACGGUCUUUUAGUCCAGCUAGUCGUCUCCCAUGGCCAGUGCAAACCUGGACCCUACUGUUUUUUUCCAGGCGUUUGCCCCGUCUAGUUUUAAAUGCCCCAACCAAUGGCCCUUGCACUGCUUCCCUUGGGGGAGCAUUGGACAGGCUAAAUAAACUCACCACUGCAGCCUUUAUCUUGACAGUCAUCCUGACUUUUCUUUUGUUUGAUGUCAUCUCUUUGCUCCUAGUUCUAGCUCCUUGGCCCUUGAUAGAAUUGGGUUUGCACCAAAUGGUGACUUCAUGCAGCGCUUACUCUCCUGUGUGUUUCAUUAGCCUUUCCAUCCUGUCCCCACACAGACACGUCAGCUGUGGGCCACUAUCACCCAAAGGAGAUACGAGGUGAUGCUGGCAAUCUGAUGAGCUGUGUGUAUGUGUCUGUUCAUGUAAUACACACUUUUUUCAGUUGGGCUCUUGCCAGGUAUCUUGCAGCAUACUCCAAAUCACAGCCAUCAUUCACGAGGCUCACCUGGGCUAAAGAGACAGAAGAGCCAGACCUGGGACAGCUCCACAUGGGUGCAUCCCAGUUGAAUGAGGACAUGGGCCUCUGGUUGUGGAGAGAGGGAAGAAAAUCUCCCCCCAUUCCCAGUAAAUUCCUGAUGUGGGGAGCUAGGGCUGCUUUAGUCCAUCAUUCCUCCUUUGUCAGCCAAGUUAGUUCCGUGGCUCACUUCCAUUGACCCAGCUCCUUGCUGUUGCACUCCCCGCACAAGGCACCCGUGCUGUCCUCUCCCCUCCCGCAGCACAUAGGACAGGUUCCUCCCUGCCCUGGUGAUGUUCUCACAGUCUGUGGAUCUGAGCCUUCCCGCUCCCGCCCCUGCCCUGGUGAUGUCUCUUCCAUGGUGCAGGCCUGAGUCAGGUUCUUUUGAGCAGAUGAAAUACCUCAGAUAUGGACUUGUUAUUGUGUUACCUCUUCAGGAAGUAUUGGCAUAUCUUAAAGCUUGUUUUUAUAUGUGUUUUGCUGACUUUGUUUUUAAUUUUUAUUUUUUAUUGUAGCACCAAAGACAACAAAGCUGAGUGAAGGAGCAGGUGGCUUCCCUGUCCUUAGCAUAGCCUGGAGACAGUUCCAGCAGCAUUGACCCAGGAGCUGGGCAUGCGGACAGGGCAAUAGAGGAGGACAGAUGCAGGUAGAGAAGGAGUAAGAGGGCAGAUUUAUUUCUCAGGCUGGCUUGAGUUUCAGGAUUUCUCCUCAGAGUGAACAGUGGGGUGUCCCCAGGAGGGUUCAAGUGGUCCCAAUGUGUGUUACAGAACUCUGUGAUCUAGUACUGGGCUUAUCUUUAGCAAGUUUUAUUAGAACAGCUUUGAAGAUAACAAUCUGUCUACACUACAGAUUUUGCUAGACCUCCUGACAUGUUAAAGUACAGUUCACUCUUCCAGUGUGGGCAGGACCAAACACCUGAAUUGUGCUGCAGCUUUGGAUUUUACUGGUAGGAUUCGGUCAUACAGAUAAAAAUACACCUGAGUCCUGUUUAUGCGGUGAGACCAAACCAUGUUGUUUGCUACCGUAUUGUACCCAAAUGGUGCAUUGUGAUAGCUUUUCAUGGAGCAGACAGGACCUAAAUACUGGAAUGUGUUCUAGGUUCUGCUUUCACUUACAUUGUAAAGGCCUGUGUUACCAAACUCUGCAACCAUCCCUAUAUUUAGGGGGUUGAAAUACAAUUUGGUAACAUAAGUCUAAAUGACAUUGUAACUCUCUUCACAGGCAAGAUGAUCAGCAGGUUUGAAAUUAGUUUGUUAUAGCAUGGUCUGUCGGGCUGUCAUGUUACCCACUGAAACACGCAGUGUGCAGUGCCCUUUCAGAUCUGUCUGUACUUGGAGCAGAGACGUGCUAGCUCCCACCAUGUGUGUGAAAGGUUAUUGCUCGCAAGGUUCUAGCACAGUUUCUUUGAGCAGUGGUUUUUCAGAGAGUCCUGCUGCAGACUGAUCCCCCUCAGCAAUCUAUUGGACAGUUUUCAAUCAUAGUUCUAAGGCAACAGUCCCUGUUAGCAACAGCCACGCAUCACAUGGUCAUAACUAGUCCAGUUCUGCUCUCGGUGUCUAAAGAAUCUAAGGGGUUCUCUGCUCUACACAGGCAAGCAGUCAGUGUUGGGGGAUGGCCUAACAGUCACCUAGCCAUGUUAUCACUCAAUUGGCUCUUGCCUGUGUAGAUAGGACAGAACCAUCUUAUCAGAUUGGUAUUACAGCCCUCUGAAGGCAAGGGGUCUGAUUCUCCUCUUAUUUAGCUGUUUGUAAAUUAUGAGUUAACUCAAUUGAAGCCAGCAUAAAAUUAGUUUGAGAUGAGAAUUCAGCCCAGGGGCAACUGAACAGCUUAGUGACAUUGUUAGAACACCCAACACCUCGAGGCAAGAUCAAACUGCAUUAAGAGGUUUGAUGGACUGUAAUACUAGGAUAACUUACCUCAAGUCAGCUUGCCUGCUCAGCUGGACAUUAAGCCAUUGCACAUUUUCCCCUCUCUCCAGCCCAUAAGUGUCACAGAUGCCUCCCCUUAGUCCUAAAGUGCAUUUAAGUAAGAGCUUAUAAACUGAUCCGAGGUUCUCUGUACUGAAAUUGUAAGGUACACUUUGGGAGCCAGUCUCAGGUCAGGCUGCUGGAACAAGCUCCAAAUGGUGAACAAAGCACCUUCUAAUGUCAACAGCAUUUAACCUCAGAGUGGGGGAUGCACACUGGGCCUGAGCCAAAGCCCACUGAAGCUAAUCCCUCCAGGGGGAGGGAGAGCUCAGUGGUUUGAGCAUUGGCCUGCUAAACCCUGUAUUGUGAGUUCAAUUCUUGAGGGGGCCAUUUAGGGAUUGGGGGCAAAAAUUGGGGAUUGGUCCUGCUUUGAGCAGGGGGUUGGACUAGAUGACCUCCUGAGGUCCCUUUCAACCCUGGUAUUCUAUGAUUAAUAGGGAGUUUUUCCACUGACUUCAGUAGACUUUGGAUCAGGCCCAUUAUAAAAAACUGGAGGUAACUUUAUAACAAAUUGUUUAAAAGAGUAUUUUCCCAGUGAUAGGUGGCUAACCAAUAAAUAACCCCAGUGUAACAAUCACUGCGGGUGGCUCCAAGAGGAAGGGUGUCCUAACUGGCUAGUGAAAUGGUAAUUUCUCUCCUGGUGAAAUAUUCCAAGAGAACUGUGAUGCUCAUCUUUAUAUCUACUGUGUAACAUAUCACAGCUUCAGAAAGGGAGCCCUGUCCCCCAGAAGCAGCAGCAGCAGCGCCUUUGUGGGCACCAGCACAUCCCCUUAGUCCCAGAAUUCUCUGCUUCUUUGUGAUAUGAUCCAUUACCACUCAUGGAAAGAGCAUGUACCAGACACUGAACAGUAAAGGCCAGGCUGGAGACUUAGAAGCCCAAGGGCCGGGUCUGAUUUGCAUAUACAAAUUUAAUGAAUGUGCUUUGAAUAAUUUCAAUUUAAAACUAAGUACACCCAUCCCUCACAAUCAAUCAGGCUUGAUGGUGAACAGGAAUCACUUGCUGGUUGAGUUCAUCAGCAAUAAAACCCUGCAAUGGACAAGCUUUUUCCCCAACUUGAUGCUCCAGUGAGAGUGGAUUUGAGCCUGUGGCGGCGUUUUAGGCCUCAGGAGGCACCUGCUGUAGGAUGCUCCCUUGACCGUGUGUAUUAGUUUAUAUUAUACGGCUUAGCUGGUCUCAUUAGCAGACAUUGUGACUUCUUUUUAACAGGCAGUCAAAUUAUUUAUAAUGCACCUGUCCUGAGGCAGGUUCUGCCUUGGGGCGUCCUCUCUCCUAUUGCCUUCAGUGGAAGCUGUAUGCACCCACGCAUUUGUGGGGACCAGACUUUGGCCCUGAUGCAUUUGUGAAUCUUGCAGACCUCCAGGGCAUUUCAUUGUCUCAAACUCUGAGAUUUUUUCCAGAGUCGGGAGAUCUUUAUAAUUGUCCUGUUUCUUUUUUGGAGGUGGGGGGUGGGGAUUAUUUCCCAAGGAUAGGGCUAGGGGAUACCUGCUUUUCCUUAUGCUUUAUUCUCUUGUCCUGGGGAGCAGAGGUUAAUAUUGGGUGUUUUGCUUGCAUAUCACGUGCUACCGUUGUGUUUUCUUGCACAGAAAGCUACUCGAAUCACUGAAUCGAUAAACUGCUUUGACACUACUAGAGUAUUAAUGUUUAUAAGCUUUACACAGCUAGUCUGGAAAUAGGCAGGAACUAACAGAUUGUUUUUUAUCAAAUUCAGGGAAAGAAUAAAGUUGGGACGUGUAACAGAUACCUCAGUAAAAUAAGCUGCAACAAUAAACUAUUCUCUCAUUAGCUGGCUACAAGGAUCAGCCAUUCAGACUGUGAAUACUAACCCUUUCCCUAGCCUGAGCUUGAUACUAGCACUUGGCUUGAUGCACAUUUUGCUUAGAUCCAGAUAUUCUUGCUGAGCUGCCAGGUUUUAGGGACAGAGGUAUAGAAACCAGCAGCAGAUACAGGGUGGAGGGCUGGGAGUGGGGGCAUGUCUCCUCAGCUCCAAUCCAUUUAACUCAGAAUGUUGAAGAUUGUAUGGCACUCAGGGGUUUUGAUAUUGCAGGAAGGACUGUUCCUGGUGUGAGGUGUUCCGUUUUGCGGUAUGUCUAAUGUGUCUAACCUUGAAACUCCAGAGCAAUUCGGGUUUCGCAACAAGCAGCCAAAAGGGGCCAUCUGGAGGCAAAGGUGCAGUGGGCCAGCAGCAGCAGCAGCCAAGCGCUCUGUUUUCAGAAUGAAAUGGGUGCGGACGUGCUGUCUAGUUUCCAAACCAGGUCCACACAGAGAGCCACCUCUUGUCCUCUUACAUUCGAUACCAGUGUUUUCCAGUAGCACAUGAAGAUCGAAAGGAUGGAGUCCAGCUCAGAAACAAGCCUCAAACUGCACAGGCGGAGCUGUUAGCAAUCAGCUCCUGGAACAAAUGUGAAUGUGUCACACAGUCCUUUGGUUGCUGCGUAUGAUCUCCAAAUGGAUUCAAACCGGAAGACAUUUUAACUGAACAGCAGCAGCCUUGCUAAUAGUUUUGUUACCUAUUUAAAAAAAAUGUGAUAGCCUAGGCAGUGGAUAAAUACCUCAGAUGUCUGCUUCCAACAAGUGUCUGUAUAUGUUGUUGUUGGGUUUUUCUAUCUUACAUGUUAUCUGAAUGUUUAUAUUCCAAUAAACUUCUACCUCUUCA